AUGGUCAUCGUCUCUCCCUACCCGGAUCUGAACAUACCAAAGACAAACCUACUGUCGUAUUUGUUCCCCAAAAAUACCAGUCUCUCUGACGAGCCUCUAUGGAUCGACUGUAGAGAUGAUAGCAUAAGCUUGUCUCCCAGACAGAUGUCACAAUGGGUAAAGCGGCUCUCGUUCGGACUCCAGCAAUUGGGCCUCAAGCGUGGAGACGUUGUCAUGAUAUGCACGCCGAAUCAAAUAUAUGUACCCGUCGCCUACCUGGGCAUCGUCGCGACCGGGUGUGUCUUCAGCGGCGCAAACCCCGCGUAUACUGUUCCUGAGCUCGUACAUCAAAUGGUCAACACAGCUGCUAGCGCCGUACUGACGCACCCGAACCAUUUGGAACAGGUUUUAGAGGCAGCCGCCAAGGCGAACGUGCCAAAGAGUAGAAUCUUUCAGUUCUCCGAUAUUGAGAACCAGACAAGGCAUGGCAUCCAUGAUUGGAGAGACAUGAUCGGGACACCAGCUCAGGCAGACUCUUACCAAUGGCCAGAGCUAAGUGCUGAAGAGUCGACCAAGACUGUGGCAACCAUCAACUACAGUUCAGGGACGACUGGCCUUCCCAAGGGAGUAUGCGUAUCGCACCAUAAUCUGAUUGCCAAUGUCGAGCAAACAAUCUUCAUGCGAUACGCAGACAGGCCUUAUACCUUUGAAUCGCGCCCCCAAGAGAGAUGGAUUGGCUUUCUUCCCCUUUACCAUGCGUACGGUCAGCUAUACACCAUUCUUAUGGCGAUCAGGCUGAAAGUCCCAGUGUACAUCAUGAAAGAGUUUCGAUACGAGGACUUCCUCUUCGCCAUUGGCAAGUACAGGAUAACCAGUUUACAAGUCGCGCCGCCAAUUCUUGUCAUGCUCUCAAAACGCCCCGAGACUGCUCGCUUUGACCUUUCCAGCGUCAAGGAGGUGCUCUGCGGUGCAGCCCCGUUAUCGCGGGAACUCCAGAACGAAUGUCAACGAAGGUUCAAGAUACAGAUCAAUCAGGGUUGGGGCAUGACAGAAGUGACUUGCGGUGCCAUUCAUGUGCCCGGCGGCAUUAAAGAUGACACAGGCAGUGUUGGCAGGCUCGAUCCGAAUUGCGAGUGUAAAUUGAUUGACGACGAGGGCAGAGAAGUCGGCUUCGACCAGCCAGGUGAGCUUUGUGUCCGCGGCCCCAAUAUCUGUCUUGGGUACUGGAGGAACGAGACGGCUACUAAGGAGGCACUCGACGAGAAUGGUUGGCUCAAGACAGGAGACAUCGCGGUUUGCAACAAGGAAGGCUACUUUUGGAUUGUAGACCGCAAAAAGGAGCUCAUCAAAGUCAAUGCUCUACAAGUUGCCCCUGCAGAGCUUGAGGCUGUCCUUCUUGAGAACGAACAUGUAGCAGAUGCGGCUGUGGUAGGGAUCAUGAUCGACAGCAAUGAAUGGCCGAGAGCUUACGUGGCGAUCCAGGAACCAUCCAAGGGGAAAGUAAACCCCGUGGAUAUACAGGAAUGGAUCAAAUCGCGUGUGGCUAAACAUAAGUGGCUCGUAGGCGGGGUUGUUUUCGUCGAUGAAGUACCAAGGCUCGCAAGCGGCAAAAUCCAGAGAAAAACAAUGCGGGAGUGGUCCAAGAGGGACGCCGCUGCACUGAUAGGUUCAGAUGGCACAAGGGCACGACUGUAG